GCCGCACUUGCACAAUGGCUGGCAGGUGGACCAGGCCAUCCUCUCGGAAGAGGACCGAGUCGUGGUCAUCCGCUUUGGGCAUGACUGGGACCCGACCUGCAUGAAGAUGGAUGAAGUCUUGUACAGCAUUGCUGAGAAGAAAUGGCAAAUUAAAGGGGGAGAUCCUUCCUCAUCUUCUUGCUUACAAGCCAUGUUUGGAUCUCUGCUGUUUUAAAGAGUAAAAAACUUUGCUGUUAUUUAUCUUGUGGAUAUCACUGAAGUACCAGACUUCAACAAGAUGUACGAGUUGUACGAUCCCUGUACCGUCAUGUUUUUCUUCAGGAACAAACACAUCAUGAUUGAUUUAGGUACAGGUAAUAACAACAAGAUCAACUGGGCAAUGGAAGAUAAGCAAGAGAUGAUUGACAUUAUAGAAACUGUUUAUAGAGGAGCCCGCAAAGGUCGAGGUUUGGUGGUAUCGCCAAAAGAUUAUUCCACUAAAUACAGAUACUGAGGUUUCUUUGGGGCUGCCUUUUUUUAAACCCUACAUCCACUUAAGUUUAUUCUUGUGUAUGUGUGUGCAUAUAUGUAUAUAUAUUAAAAAAAAACAAACCUACAACUCCUUCAACUUUGAGCAUAUUUUGAAUUAUUUAAAAGUUUUGAAUUCCAUUUGGAAAAGGAGAAGAUGUGAAGCCUGGAACUAUCUGACUGCAGAAGUACUUACUGUAGACUAAUUUUGGGUUGUUGGGUUUUUUUUUAUUUUUAAAGACUUUACGCUGUGGUGUUCUUCUGGCACUACGUAUUUUUGUACACAAAAAGCUUGUUUGCAGAAAAUAAUUUCAACUGGUUUUGUUUUCUUUUGUUACAUAAAUAGAUGGUAAAACUAUACUACAACUUUUUAUAAAAAAAAAUAAAAUUAAUUCCACUUAUUCACCUUAAUUUUCUUUAGGUAAUUAAAUUUGAGAAAGAAAACAAAUUUAAUUGGAUGCAAAGUCAUAAUGUUGAAGAUGAAAGCUCAUCACUUCUGUUGGAAUGUUCUUGCAUAGUAUCUUGGUCUUCUGUAUCCACUAAAAAUAGACUAAACCACUAAGAUGCAUUUAUUAAUACUUACCUCAGAGGAAAAAAAAAACUCAGAGAAAACAUCUUCCAUGAUUUUGUGUGCAUGCAUGCGCCCCAGUCAACUAAAUUGAUUUGUGGUGAUGGACAUCUUCAUGAUAAUUAUGCAUAUGGUAGUAAUUUUGAAGUACUUAGUAGAUUCUGCAGUGCCAAAGGGUAAUUGCAGUUCUGGAGCUGACUGCAUAGUCAACAGCUGAAGUAAGAAUGAGCUGUGCUUUCUCUUAUUUGACCUCUGGUUUGACUGAUGGUAUACUAAAAUGCAUAUAUACUCAUGAUACUUGGAUUUGAUUACACUGUGGCAUGUCUUUUAAAAUUUCCAUUUUUGACCACUUUAGUUUUUAUGGUAA